AUGGCACCACCGGCAAACCUCACCUUCUCGACUUUCCCCGCACCGAGCAAAACCGUCAGCAACACCAUCGCCGGCGUGCCAACCCAAGUAACCGCCCUGAACUUCUCAGACAAGCUCGUCCUCACAAUUUCACAAUCCGGCCGCUUGAACCACUGGCUUCAUGUUCCUCUGUCCGGCGGCCGCCCUCUCGAUAAUGGAUUCCUGAACCCAUCCUCCGAGACAGACGUCGAUGCUUCUCUGCUUCCGUUUGCGCACUUGACUGCCACAACAGUAUUGGGAGGCACAAGAGGAGAGUUUGAGGUACUGGGACAGACUUUGGCGACGACACUCGCGACUGCGCUGUUGAUGAGGAACCCGGAAGAGCAGAGGAUGGUUGUGCUGGGUCUGGGUUUGGAGAAGGCUGAUCAGGGAAGAGAAGCUUUCGAUGAGUUGAUUGGCUUGUGCUUAGAGUGUCUUUGA